AUGGAUGACGCAAAGAGGAGAGCUUUAAUCAAGUCCCAAGCCGUCAAGAAGAGGGAAUCCGGCGAGGAGGUACCUAAGGUGUCGGCUUCAGUCCCUAAGAGGAAACUGACAACAAAAUCCGACCGUCCAUUUAAGCAACCAAAGGUCUCUCUUGAACCUGUGGUUGGUUUAAUGGCUGAGGGUAACAAGGUCGUCACCCCAGCGAAGCAGGGGAAGGGUAAGGGAUUGAUGACGGUCCCAGACGGUAAGCAAGAGAGACCUCCUUCCCUUCUCCGUGAUGACUCCAAGUAUGCAUUGGAGAAGCUGUCGUCCAUCAUCACGGCAGAAGACUAUGAAGACCUGGGAAACCAUUCGACGGAGGCCAUGGGGGAGACGGGCCUCUUUGCCGUCGCUCAGUCCUUGGUCAUGAUGAAGGGACUACUGGAUCGGUGUCUCAACCGUGAGAGUACCUUGGACCGGGUGCGCGCGAAGGCGGAGCAGACGGAGGAAGAGCUCGGACAACUCCAUAAAUGGAGGUCCAAGAUGGAGAAGAAGCUGGAGCUUUCUGAGAAGGCGAGGAAGGAUCUGGAGGAGAAGACGGCCUCUGCGCUGACGGUCAUCAAGAAAAGGGAGGCGGAGAUCAAAGAACUCAAAGAAGAGAUCCGUCAUGCUAAAGAGGUAGCCGUCGAGGAGUACCGAUGCUCAGAGUCCUGCUUGAGCGAGCUCUCCGUCUUCCUUCUUGAGGAAGGAUUUUUGUGA